AUGGUCAAGAGACGCGGCGGCGCCGCGCGCGAGGGCAAGCGUGAGGCCGGUUGGCUCGAGGUCGUCGUGAGGCGUAAGCGGAGCGGCGCCUUACACUUCAGUAGUGUGUUUCGACCUAUUUAUGUGGGCAAUUUCCAAAUACCAAAUGCGAAAUUCUCCCGCCCGCCCGCUCUCCGCUGGGCUUUCCGCUUUCGACUUCAACACGAUCUGCAGCGCGCUGAAGGGUGUGCCUACGCUAACGACCCUUUGCCUUGCGUGACAGGGCACCGUCAGCUGUCGGAAUAUGGCUUCAUUCACCGUGACGUGUCCUAUGGCAACGGCAUGGUCCACCGGCACGGCGAUGGAGUCCUAAUCGAUUACAAUUUGGCGGUCAGGACGGCUCGAACGAUUGAAGAAACGUGUCGCCUCAGCCGCUCGGAACGUUCUCGCGUCCGUGCUAGCCCUCGACACGUUUCUGGUCUCACCUAACUCCUCCCUACCCUUCCCCUGUACCAUGAUCAACCACAGGGCACGCUUCCCUACAUCUCUCGACUCCUGCUCGUACCCGAAACCGAGAGUGUGGUGCACGGGCGCUGGCACGACAUCGAGUCGUUGCUUUAUGUGGCGUCCCGCACGGCUUUUCAAUCUGGGUCUGCCGACGUGCCCUCUUUCGAAGAGUCGCAGCAGCCCAAAAACACGGACUGAGCUCGCGGAUCGGCUUCAAGACGCUCCUGGCCGCAUGCGCGUCCCGUUGGUCUGGCGUGGAGGACGUUCUCACGAUCCUGAAAGACAACUGUUCGAUUGCCGCAGCUUAUGUUGACCUCGACGGAGACGAGCUUGAGGCCAAACUUUGUGACCUCUGGGACACCGGUGUGAUGUCGUACAAAAACAUCCAGACACGCCUGAGAGCCCUUGCCGAAGCAGCCUGA